GGAAGUUCCUCUUCUUACCCUGCACCCAGAGCCUGGCUGAAGAGGACAAGGGCAGGAGGCACCAUGAGUGGGGGCCCUGUGGGAGGCAGGUCUGGGGGUCGCGGAGGACCAGGGGUUCAGCAGAACAUACCCUCCACACUGCUCCAGGACCACGAGAACCAGCGACUCUUCGAGAUGCUGGGUCGGAAAUGCUGGACACUGGCCACUGCCGUUGUUCAACUGUACCUGGCAUUGCCUCCUGGAGCUGAACACUGGACCAAGGAGCAUUGUGGGGCUGUGUGCUUCGUGAAGGAUAACCCCCAGAAGUCCUACUUCAUCCGUCUUUAUGGCCUUCAGACUGGCCGGCUGCUCUGGGAACAAGAGCUGUACUCACAGCUGGUCUACUCCACUCCUACCCCCUUCUUCCACACCUUUGCUGGAGAUGCCUGCCAGGCAGGGCUGAACUUUGCAGACGAGGGCGAGGCCCAGGUCUUCCAGGCCCUGGUGCAGGAGAAGAUCCAAAAAAGGAAUCAGAGGCAAAGUGGAGACAGACGCCAGCUACCCCCACCACCGGCACCAGCCAAUGAAGAGAGAAGAGGAGGGCUCCCACCCCUGCCCCCACACCCAGGUGGAGACCAAGGGGGCCCAGCAUCUGGCCAACUGUCCCUGGGACUAGUAACAGUGGACAUCCAGAACCCCGACAUCACGAGUUCACGAUACCGUGGGCUCCCAGUGCCUGGGCCUGGCCCAGCUGAUAAGAAACGCUCAGGGAAGAAGAAAAUCAGCAAGGCUGAUAUUGGUGCACCGAGUGGAUUCAAACAUGUCAGCCACGUGGGGUGGGACCCCCAGAAUGGAUUUGACGUAAACAACCUGGACCCAGACCUGCGGAGUCUGUUCUCCAGGGCAGGCAUCAGUGAGGCCCAGCUCACGGAUGCUGAAACCUCCAAACUCAUCUACGAUUUCAUUGAGGACCAGGGUGGCCUGGAGGCUGUGCGGCAGGAAAUGAGGCGUCAGGAGCCUCUUCCACCUCCCCCACCACCGUCCAGAGGAGGAAACCAGGCUCCCCGGCCCCCCACUAUGGGGAGCAACAAGGGUCGCUCUGGUCCACUGCCUCCUGUACCUUUGGGAGGUGCUCCGCCCCCACCAACUCCCCGGGCACCCCCACCCCCAGGCCGAGGGGGCCCUCCACCACCACCCCCUCCAGCCACUGGACGUUCUGGACCACCACCCCCUCCGCCCCCUGGAGCUGGAGGGCCCCCUGUGCCUCCACCUCCACCCCCACCGCCCCCACCCCCCAGCUCUGGGGAUGGGCCAGUCCCUCCCCCACCUCCUGCUCUGGGGCCUGUGGGGAACCUGGCCCCUGGUGGAGGCCGGGGGGCGCUUUUGGAUCAAAUCCGCCAGGGAAUUCAGCUGAACAAGACGCCUGGGGCCCCCGAGAACUCAGCACUGCAGCCCGCGCCUCAGAGCUCAGAGGGGCUGGUGGGAGCCCUGAUGCACGUGAUGCAGAAGAGAAGCCGAGCCAUCCACUCUUCAGACGAAGGGGAGGACCAGGCCGGCGACGAGGAUGAGGACGAUGAGUGGGACGACUGAGUCAACCACCCCACCGGUUCUGAGCCUUCUCUUCUGGCAGCUGCUGCUUGGUGCCCCCACUCCUGGCCUCCAGGCCUCUCAGGCCCUGUUUGUUUCCCACCAACCCUUCCAAUGCAGUUAAUUCUGACUAGCAGUAGCUAGGGCCCCUUUAUAUACAGACUAUCUCGGUUCUCCUCACAUUAAGGAUUUUGAAACCAAAAUAAAAUAACUGUCUUUUUGUUUC